GAAGCCUCUCCCUCGGGCAAAAUACGUGCAAGUUUCGUAAAAGAUUAUUACAACGGUCGGUACAUUCGAGAACUCGUUAUUUUCGAAUGCUGGCAACCUUACGAUUCCGCAACAUUUGCAAGAGACGUGAUGCAACUUGAGAAGAAAGUGACAUUUUCAAAAAUAACAAAUGAUCUCGACAUGAAAAUGAUUUUAAGAGUAAAUUACUAUCGAAUCGGUGUCGUUCUCGAUUACGAUUGUCCCCACAGUGAGAUCGUUUUUGAAGAAUUUUCUAAACAUCAAUUGCCUUUCAACGAGUCUUACCAUUGGCUCGUGUUAACAUCGACAACGACGAUUCCCACUCAAGUUCUGAGUAAUUUGCCCUUGAGUGUCGAGAGCGAACUGACGAUUGCGAAUCGAGAGGAAAAUUCUUACGUUCUCUACGACGUUUAUAAUCCGAGUUAUCGACACAACGGACAACUUAAUGUGACCUUUAAGGGCACUUGGACGACUCAGAAGGGCCUGGAGGAUGAAAUGACUCAAUACAAGUACACGAGGCGUGGGAAUUUCCACGGGCUGACUUUGAACUUUUCAUUCGUGUUGACCAAUCCGCCUUUACCAGACUUCGAAACCUACAUGACAAGGCCCACGAACCGUCAUUUGGACACGAUGAUGCGUUUCCAUUACGCUAUAGUUCGCUACCUCAGGGACGCUUACAAUUUUACAAUGAAUUUGAAACAAGCUCCAACCUGGGGUUACUUCGUUAAUGGAACGUGGAAUGGGAUCUUGAAAGACAUGAUCGACGGUGUGACGGAUAUCAGCAUCGCACCCUUUCAACAAAAAGCCAAUCGCAUGGAAGUCUGCGAAUUCACUCUGAUUACUUAUAUUGGCAGGGUGGUCUUCAUUUUUCGGCAUCCUAAAAAGAACACUUUAAGAAACCCUUUCUUGAAGCCAUUCACCUCGAACGUGUGGUACAGCAUCGCAGCUCUUUCCAUCGUCUGUUACGCCAUUUUAUUACUCUUAACAAAAGUGGAGGCAAAACUCAUUGGGGCUGAAGUGAAGGGUGCUUCGAGUGGAACUUUGCAAUCGGAGGUCGACCUCGUCGUUGUCGGCGCAAUUUCACAACAAGGCAUAAACGCUGCUCCCAACAUCAUUUCUGGUCGAAUCCUCUUCAUUUCGCUUUUCCUCUGGGGACUUUUGCUCUAUCAAUUUUAUUCGGCUUCGAUCGUCGGCUCGUUGCUCGCCGAAGAGGCGAAAUACAUCACGACUUUGGAGCAACUUGACGCCUCCAACAUGGAGUUGGGCAUCGAGGAGAUGCCUUACUAUCCAGCAGUAUUUAAAUACGGAGGAUCGCCAGUUCUGCUGCGAAUGUACGACGAAAAAAUGAGGCCGACUCCAGAGAGGCCGAAAGGUGCGUACACGAGUGCUGGGCGUGGAUUGAGUUUGGUGAAAAAAGGCGGCUACGCGUUGAGCAUUGAGUCGGGAACGGCCUACAAAAUCAUCGAGGUAACUUUGGACUGAUUGAUCGAAUCGUCUAAUGCCUUAAUUUCGAUUUAUUGAUUAUCCAAAGAAUUAGAAUCUAUGAUUGAGAAAGCCUCACAAAAAUGAUGAAUCUUUGAAAUCACGAGGACACUUUUUCCGAGGAUGAGAUCUGCGACUUGCAAGAAAUAGAACCAAUCAAA